AUGAAAUUCACAGCCGACCUUCGCAUUUCCAUCCUAUCUGCUGCGGUUCUAUUACCAUUUGUCGGCGAGGUUCUCGAGAAUAGGCAAGUUACGAGGAGGUCAAACGCUCGGCUAUUAUUGGACGCGUGUCGAGCUGCCUCCUCAGAUGGCUCAGCUGCUUCAGCCGACGACGACUCACCACAGGUGCCUCGUCCAUCGCGGCGAGUCUCCGUUCCCGAUUCCGUUGAUGAGAGCGUUCAGCAGGCUCGAGCAGCAGUGAGAAGGGCGAGGGAAGCAGGCCAUCAGCGUCUAAUGCUGGACCUGCUCUUGCCGCUCAUUGGCCCUUCACUCCUGGACGACUGGCCUGGGGGCAUUCAACAGCAGCUGCAGGCGGCCAUCCCGCUGGUGGAAUCGCUGCUGACAGGGCUGGUGGAUGGUGGGGAGCUGUACACGCGGAGGGUGAUAGAUGAGGACGAAGGGGUGGUGGCGUGGGAGAGCAAGACGGUUGCACUUGUGCUCUUCCCAACAGCCGAGCGCCUGCCAGCUGUCAUGGAGCUGGCCAGUAGCGAUCCGGGACGGACUCUGUUGCUCAUGAACCCCCAGUGGCAGCCCGGCCAGGUGGUCUCAGAUUUUGGAUUCGGAAGCAAGCGUAAACAGGCAGAAGAGUUUCUAGACACCUUCCUUACUGCCUACAGCCUGAAGCGCAACCGCAUUCGCUCAUAUGAUGUCACUAUCACCCAACUGUAUGCGGAUAUCCGUGGGUAUCCGCGGAAGUUCCGCCAUACUUGCGGCAUUCCCCAUACCCCUCCCUGCCCCGCCCUUCCGUCCACGAGGUUAGACGCGGCGACCAGGCCAAGCAUGUCGCUGCGAGCGACGCUGGAAGCCGCGCUGGACCUUGCGAGUCUCUUCACGCGGUUCACGGGCGUGCAGAAGCUUGUUCUCAAAUGCCCCUCCCAUCUCUCUCCCCUCAUCCCUCUCUCCUCAAACGCCGUUCCCAUUCACAGGUUAGACGCUGAAACGCGGCCAAGCAUGUCGCUGCGAGCGACUCUAGACGCCGCGCCGGACCUCGCGAGUCUGUUCACGCGGUUCACAGGCGUGCAGAAGCUCGUGCUGAAAUGCGAGCGCAACGUACUGAGCAUCGAUGACGCAUCCCUGGAUACCAUCGCACGGCAAUGCGUUUACUUGCGAAAACUGAAGCUGAAGAAUUGCCGGCAGAUCACGGACGAUGGCAUGGAGAGGUUCGCCCGAGCCUGUCCGGAGCUUCGGAAGUUCUCGUGUGGGAGCUGCGGGUUCGGGCUGAGAGGGCUCAACGCUCUGCUGAACGGCUGCAUCCAUCUUGAGGACUUAACCGUGAAGAGAAGCCUCCACCCGUCAUUGCCGAAAGACCGCGUCACGCAAAUCCCACACGUCUCGGACUCGCUCUCACCCCCAGCCAACCUCUCUUUGAAGCGCCUGUGUCUCAAAGAUCAGCGCCAGUCGUACAUCUGGGUGCCACUGCUGCAGGCCACAUCGAGGCUAGAAACCCUAAUUUUGGCAAGGAAUGCGGGGCACUGGGACCAGGUGCUCGGGAGUUCCCUGGGGGAGAAGCUCACUCCAGAGCUGUCUCAGAUAUACGUGGAAAGGGUUCAGAUAACGGAUAAGGGGCUGCAAUGUAUUGGAAAAUGCCCCAAGUUGGAAGCCCUGGUGGUGGUGCGCACACCCGAGUGCACCGAUGCCGGCAUGGCGGCUGUAGCAGCCGGCUGUAGCGGGCUGAAGAGGCUGCACGUGGAGGGGUGGGCGCCGGGGCAUCUGGGAGACCCGGGGCUGUCAGCAAUCGCCAGGCACUGCCGGCAGCUGCAGGAGCUGCUCCUGGUGUCCCAUGCCUGCACCGUCUCCUCCCUGCAGCUCCUCGCCUCCAACUGCCCUUCCCUAGAGCGCCUCACACUCUGCUCAAAUCCCAUGUGUCCCCCUCUCCCCCCCCCCCGUCUGUACCUCUCCCUCACAGGAGCUGCUCCUGGUACCCAGAACCGUGUGCAAGGGAGAAGGAUGGGGGGAGAAGCUGGGGGGAACGGUGCUGCUGCCCUUGGUGUCGCUGGUAAUGGGGAGGGCGGUGGUGGUGAUGGUGAUGGCAUUGGUGGUGGUGGUGUGAGGAAUGUGUCUCCCUUGCGGGCUGGUCUGCUUAGAUUGGCGUCAGCAGGAGAUGCCAGACGUGCUGGUGGUGGUGCUGCUGCUGCUGGUGCUGCUGGUGCUGCCUCUGGUGCUGGUGAUGCUGACGCGUGUUUAGCAGCGGCUGCGGCAGCAGCAGGAGGUAGAGCAGGAGCAGGGCCAAGAGGGGCACAGAGAUUUGCCUCAUUCGUUACAGGCACGCUCAGAAGGUUUUUGGGGCAGCCCUCUCCUUCCUCACCUCGUGGAGGCGGUGGUGGGGGUGGGAGCAGCAGCAAUGCUGGCUCGAUCAGGGCCAACAGCGGUUGGACGUACGUCACUCCCUCAGGUAGCGUUUCAGCUACUGCGGCUGGUUCCAGUACUGCUGCUGCUGCUGCUGCUGCUGCUGCUGCUGCUGCUGCUGCUGCUGCUGCUGCUGCUGCUGCUGCUGGCACUGCUGGUCCUUCACAUGCUCAUCGUACCAGCAGCAGCAGCAGAUCACCCAUGAGAUCACCCAUGGGCUCGCCUAGGCUAUCACCCUUGAGGGGUAUCGCUGCUGCUACAGGGGCUGAUCUUGUGGGAACGAGAGACAGCAACACCAGCAACAACAGCAGCAGCCGAAGGUCCCCUCUUAGGUCGCCGAUGGGUUCCUUCUUUAGAGGAGCUUCUGUAGGGGCUGAUGGAGGGGGAGGGAGUGGAGGGAGUGGUGUUGAAGCAGGGAGGGCAGCAGGGGCGAGGGGAGGUUAUACGGCCCGGCCUCUCACGCCCCCGCUGCACCUCCCGCUGCGUUCUUCUCUUUCUCCUGUGCCUGCUCGCCCUGCUGAAGCCCCUCCCCGGCUCACUGGCAGCGCUAGCAGCAGUGGUGGCAGCGAUGGUAGUGGUAAGGGUGGUGACAGCAGUGGCGGUGGGGAUGGUGGGGGAGAAACAGGGGGUGUGGGAAGGGAAGGAGCAAUCGGAGAGGGUUGUUCAGCAGGUUUGGCUGCAGGUUCAGAGGCAGGUUCGGGGGCAGGUUCGGGGGUAGGUGGAGUAGGCAGAGGGUUAGGCACAGAGCAGGAAACAGGAGGUGGGAGAAGGUCAGAGGUUGUGGGAGGAGCAGAGGGAUUGAGGGAAACAGAUUCUGGUGGGGCUGCUGAGGGGUUAUUAGUAGCAGCAGGGGCGGCUGGGCAAGGGGUGGGGCUUGGGCUUAUGGAAAGAGAGGGUGCUACUGUUGCAGCUGGUGAUGCUGCUGGUGCUGCUGCUGGCAAUGAUGCUGGUGGUGGUGAGAGGGGGGGAGUGGGUAACCGGGAGCAUGAUGAGGGAGAGGUUGAAGGGCAGGUACGAGAAUGGGGGGAGGGGAUGAAUGGGACUGGAGGACAGAUUCAGAGAUAA